CGCCGCGUUCAGUCGGUGCUACUAGUAAUAUUCAUCGAUAACUUCGGUCUAUAUCGAAACAUAUAUCGCGCGCUAACUGGGUUUUACAUGCUAUUCGGAUCGCUCUCUAACAAAGAACGCAAUCGCCGUGCGAACUGUAUCCCUCUUACGCUCGGCCUACACGGCAGCAACAUAGAGGAGAUAAUCGAAGCGAUCGGCGGCGCGCUCUCUUUGCUUAACCGUAGUGCGGAGAUAACGGUC